AUGGCAAAUGAUCCGAAUGUUAGUGAGUUAAAGGAUAUGCAUUUCAUGGAAGAGAUAAUUCAGCACAGUUCUUUAGAGAAUAAUCAAGUGGAAGUAUUUGUGCCUGUUUUAAAGAAAGCAUUUGAGUCAGGAACGGAAGAUGGGCUGGUGGAUAUGUGGACACAAUGGGCAGAGAAAAAACGUAAGGAAGUUGAGCAAACGUGUUUGGAACAUCAUCAGGGAUUCAUUAAUUCUAUUGAUCAACUUUUGAGUGUGCGUCAUGGUGUAUUGAUGCUUACGGAACAGUUAUUUAGCUUGAAUCGAGAUAUUCAGAGAAACGGUAGUGAUCUAGCGGCAAAGAAGCGUGCUUUAGUUGAUGCACGUCAGGUUAAUCAGAUUAUUAAUGAAACAUCUGAUACUAUUCGCACAUGUCUGAAGGUGCUUCGUUUAGUGAAUAAGAUUCAUGAGUGGAUUGAAAAUAGGGAGUUUUAUCGUGCUUUGAGGUCUCUUGAGGAGCUUCAAACGGUUCAUUUAAAAGAUGUAUUGCAGUUUCGUUUUGCACAAAACAUACGUGAUUCGAUUCCAUAUAUGAAGCAUAAGAUUAAAGAGGCAGUAAUGGAAAAUCUUAGAGAAUGGCUUUUAGUCCUGCGUACAAGUUCGAGCAAAGUAGGUGAACUGGUGUUUCAAAAAACUCUUGAAAGACAAAGAAUUUGGAAUAUGCGUGUUAAACAAGAUCCACGUUUGCAAUCGUGUGAAUUCAAUUCUCCUGUAGAAUGGGUAUUAAAUGAAAGAGAUGAUUUUGACGUUACAUAUAAUGAUCAGAUUGAAGUUGAUUUUACGUGUUUAUUUGAGUGUCUUCAUAUUUAUGAUGAGCUUGGGCUUCAUGACGAAUUUCGGAUGAGUUAUGAAAAUGAUCGUAGAAUGCAGAAAGAUUUAUUGGUUCCAAACUCAAUACUUAUUCUAAAUAAGGAUAUAUCUCCCAUUUAUAGACUAGUUCAGGAUGUUGCAGGGUUUAUUAUUAUAGAAAAGACUACUUUGAAUAAAGUAAGCGCUUUUCGAUCUUUAGAGGAGAUUGACUCUUUAUGGGAUUCUUUGUCUGGAAAAUUGAUUGAGAGUAUCUCAAAUAGUAUUAAAGACGUUGAUGAUCCUCAGUUAAUUCAUGAUAUAAAAUCUGUUAUUUUAUUAUUUAUACAAGCCAUUGAAACAUAUGAUUAUUCAAUGAAAAAGUUACAUAACUUUUCUUUAAAUUUGUUUGAAACUUAUUCAAGAUUAUUAAAGGCGCAGUUUAGUAAAGAUUUUGAGCAGAUUGUCGCCGAUGACGAUUAUAUGCCUAUUGUAAUUAAUAAUAUGGAAGAUUAUCAAAAAGUACUGGAUGUUAGUUGGUAUAAACCUAAUGAUUCAAUGGACUCUAUAAAGUUUCCUAUCACCCUUCCUUUUUCUCAAAUAUAUCCCUUAUGUUGUGUGGAUAUUCGAAAUUUUGUAAAUCAAUAUUAUAAAUUUGCUGAAGGAUAUUAUAAUCGUUGUCACGAUAUUGACGAUAUUUUAAAACAGAUUUUAGAUGAGCUUUUAGUUAGUCAUGUUAAGAAAAAAUUGAUUGAAAGAUUGAAGUCGAAUAAUUUGGCGCAAGUAGUGCAGAUUAUAAUUAAUCUUGAGCAUUUUGAAAGUGCCUGUGAUGAGCUUGAUUCUUUAUUAUUGGAAAUACAAGCAUCUGGUAAAACUAGAAAUUUAAAACUAAGGGCUAAAUCGGAAUUUCGUGAUGCAAUUAAAGAUGCAGAAAAACGGAUAUUUGAGUUGGUUAAUUCUAAAAUAGAUGAUUUUCUGGAAAUUAUAGACUAUGAUCGACAAGCUGUAACGAAACAAACAGAACCAAGUCCAUAUUUGCUUGAAAUGGUUUCAUAUUUAACGACUGUCAUGAGUUCUACUUUGCAUAAUCUCCCACAUUCUAUAAAGACAUUUGUAUAUUUUCAAACGUUAGAUCAUUUUGCAUCUUCUGUUAUGCAAAUAUUAUUAAAUAAAAAUUCCAAGAAAAUUAACGAAAAUUUCAUUUUAAAUCUUGAUGUAGAUUUGCGGUAUUUAGAGAAAUUUGUUGAAAGUCUCAGUGAUCCAAGUAUCUCUUAUGCAGAUACUUUUCUGGAACAACGACAAAGUCUUAAUUUUCUUAUGUCAGAAACACCUGAAGAAUAUCUUAACGCUGAUAUACAAUUCAAGAAAUAUAGUCGUGUUAAGCCUCAAGCUGCCAUUACUCUCCUUGAAAAGGUUAUUAUAAUUGAAACGAAUAAACCAGUAGAUGAGAGAAGGUUUUCGAAAAUUAGGUCUGCAGAGAAUACCAUUAGUUUGCUUCGUAGUCAGCGUUUUUGA